UUGUUCGUUUUUGACCUUAGCCACGGUGAUAUUAAAGGUACAAAGCCUGUUCAUCAUAAUUCCUGUUUCAACCUUAUUGUGGAAUACCUUGAUCGCUCAUCUGCCACACGAGCUGUUCGUUCGCAAAAUUUGCUGCGAGGAAAUAUUCUUAAAGUUGACUAUUGUGACUCUUCUGGAAAUCCGUGGGUUUCUUCUACGUCUCAUCGAACUCCUCCUAUUGGGUCGACGCAAAACCAAAGAUCCGACCGCAAACUUGAAACAAUGCUAGUGGACAGAGCGGGUCCCAGUUCAGCAACACAGAGUCACCACCAUCAUCACCAUCAUCAUCAUCCCCACCAAGCACAGCAGCCCCAGCAGCAGCAACAACAGCAGCAGCGUCAAAUGCCACCUCAGCAGCUGCGGUUCCAGUCAGCUACCUCCCCUUCCUCUUCAAGCCGUCAAGGUGGUCUUCAUGGCGCUGUUGGCAGCGCCUCCCUCAAGGUGGUUUUCACUCCACCUCCGAAGUAUGCUGAGAUGCAAAUCAAACAGGCAUUGUGCGACGAACUGCACAAAUUCGUUAAGUCGUAUCAUGUGAAUCUGUUACCCGCAGCAGCUACUGGAGGCAGGCAGACGCGCGUAGCCCUUGUGAUGUUUCGGCGUACUGAAGAUGAGGAGAAAGCCCUUCUGGCGUUUCGUAAUGCUGGACGGUGUCUUUUUGGUGCCCCGGUGCAUGUAGAACUCUGCUCUGGCACGGGUACGUUCUCUAUCCUAGCCAACUGUUUAAUGCCUUGUAACCAUCUUCUGGUUUCGACCCAGGUCGAUGGCAUCAACAUCCUCAAAGGGUUCUCGUUGGUUAUUCCGCCACAUUUACUUGCAGAUUCGGCAUCUUCAAUUCCGAUACAUUCCUCAAACUCUUCCCCUCCCUCCCUGGCUGUUCCGCGAACAACUCGUCCUCCUGCCUCCAGUCUUCCCACUCGCUCUCUUAUUGUCCACGGUCUCACAGCGGGACCAAAUGGACCAGUCUCCGAGAUCCAACUGAACACUGCCUUUCAGAGGUUCGGCGCCAUCCUACACGUUCAAAUGCGUCCGACGAGCAAUUCCGCAAUUAUCGAGUUCGUUGAAUUGCGCGGCUCUACUCGUGCAAUGACUACACAUCAACGUGACCCCCUAAGACUGGGAGGUCGGCCCCUCCGUCUGUUCUACACACCCAGUAGACCAGUCAGCUGUCUUUUCAUAAAUGAUAUCCCCGCUUCCCUUGUCCAUCACUCUGAAGGGGAACUGAAGACUCUAUUCUCCCGUGUGGUUCCUAUUGCGCAGGUCUCCAAAAUCACCCGAUCUCAAGAAUCCUCGGCCAAUACCACUGUCCACACAUGCGCCCUGCUUGAGCUUGCUUCACAGGAGCUGGCAACUCAAUUGCUGGAGUACCUUCGUUCGCCCGAAUCACCACUGGUUUUGGCCACGCAGAACCGGUCUCCGGAAUCAUUCACCGCUCCCCGAUUGCCCACUUUUGUUUGCUCAGUGGAUUUUGCCAGUCCCAAGCAAAUGGGAAGGGUCAUGACUUUUGCUAAAGUUGUGGAAACAGUUAGGCUAAGACCAUCGGGGAUGACAACUCGGGCACCUCCACCACCUCCAUCAUUUGACGUUGCUACUGAAAAGUCGAGGAGCUCAGCUCCGCGUCCUUCUCUCGGCAAUCAUCGUCCUCGCGAGCAAGUUCACAAUUCAAGUGAGGAAGAGUACUCGCGUAGCAGUUCAACUUCAAAUUCCUCCCUUUGCAAGCGUUUCACUGACUCAAAUGCCGCACCACCACUGCCUUCAACACCAGCAGCGACGUUCCCAUCGCAACGAUGGGGCGUUGCAGAAGCACCACUCUUUAUUUCUCAGAAGCGAUAUUCAGAUCCAUUGAGGGGGGAGCCUAACCGGAGUCUUGGUACUGCUGCCACCAACACCGUUUCGCAAAAUCUCUCUGAAGAUGUGCAUGUUUGCGAGUCCAUGUAUGACAAGAUAAAACGACGAACGGAAGGGGAAAAGGAGCGCCGAAAGCGCCCUACCCUGGAAUCCGAAGAAAGUGAGGAAAGUCGGUUAAUGCGGAGGAAGAGGCGGCGAAAACAGCACUAUCAACCAGCGCCAGAAUGCGGUCUUGAUGAUGAUAGUGAGAAUGAAGGCGAUUAUGAAGGAAGUGGGGAGGACCUGGUGGAAGAGGCGAAUUCCCUGAGAGAGGGACAUAAGCUUAAAUGCUCCAAUUCGUCUUCUCGACAUCGUAGUCACAGUCACUCUUCUAAAAACCUUCCAACAUCGUCUUCCCGAUUCUCAGUUGAAAGUCACCGACACAAAUCGUGGACAACGCAGGUACCAUCAAAAGCUGCCUCCACGACAAUCACCCGCUUGAGUCUGGGAAUGAGUGUCCCCGUGACUGCCAGCUACCACACUAUCUCCAAGACUCCCUCCAGCCGCGGGGAGCAGCAACUGUCCCGACUCUCUUCCGCCUCUGGUGAAUCCCGCUCUGGAAGUGUUACUUCAGAGAAUACGGAUAUUAAACCGACAUCAAAUCGUCGUUCUUCUGAGAAGAGGAUUAAAUCUUCCUCCUUGCUUGAAAGCAGAAGCACCACUGGGCUGUCGGUUAGCAGGUCCCACUCCCUCAAUGAUGUAGACAGCGCUUCAGGCUGUUCUGCACGUCCUCUUGCACAGAAGCGAAUAAAACGGCGAGAUUGUGUCAAACCUCCGUCUUCGCUUAAGACGGAAAAGCGGCAAAUUCCCAUUCAGCCUGUCUUUCGACCCAGCAGGGUCGCCUCUCCCAGCUUCUCAACUGACAAUGAAAGGGAGGAAAAAGACCAAUCUUGUAAUUCAAGGCUUUCAAAGUGGUCGAAUAAUGCCAAAGUUUGCUUGCUCAACCAUAACAGCAGUAGUAAGGCUCAGAAAUCCCGAACCACGUCAAAGGCCAAAGCAAAGACACGGAAAACACACUCCUCCAGUAGAGUUAGUGACAGCAGCAGUAGUAGUGUCAGUAGCUUUGGUUCUUCCAGACGUCGGUGUAGCGUAGAUGUGGAGGGUGUGAACGCUUCCACUCCUCUCUCAUGUGGAAGUCAUUUGGCUAAACCCACCCCUCCCUCCCGUCCCUCUGACUUUCAUCCUGGUCUUUCUGAGGCCGAUGAUGGCUACAGUCUGGACGACUUUGAUCGUUUCUCUGCCAAUACUGCGAUGACUCCAUCUACAGAAGCCAUGGAAAUAUCACCAGAAACUGGGGACGAGGAGGCCGAUCAUCCAGUCUCUGAGUGGUUCACUCGAAUGUCUAGUAAUCACUCCGAAUCCGAAGUAGAACCGGAUCGAGAUCAGGCAGGAGAGGAGGAAGAGGAUAAUGGGGAUAGUCGAAAUAGUGAUCAAAAGCCCCUAUUAAUAAACUUUGACGACAUUAACAUCCUCAACACCUCAAAGGAGGAUUCCUUGAACCUUAGCAACCGUGAUGCCAUUGGAGACAUUGGGAUGGAUGACCAACCCUCACCGAGGUUAAAUGAGAGCAGUGAUAAGUCAGUAUCAAGGUCUUUGGUGGAGGAGCCAACGGAGACAGUGAAACCUCCCUCAGACGAAGUAGUGUCACCUCCUAUUGCAACCAUCUUCAAGCCUCAGCCACCACCGACACCGCCUAAACUUGAUUCUGGCACACUUCCUCCACCGCCUCCACCCCCUCCUAAUGUUCAGCAGAUCCUCUCGCCGUACUCCUCCUCAUCACCUACUCAGUCACUCUGUUCAGCGUGUUCCCGCUCUAGCCCCUCUCCCAUCGUUACAGCCCCAGUGCAAACUUCUCGUGCUGGCGCGGCAACAAACGUUGUGACUGAGACAACAAACUGUAUGCGAACUACAGUUUCUGUGCCUCAAGAUACCAUAUGUGUUAAGCCACUUGAAAAACCAACUCCUCUGUCAGAAAAUCGAGAUUUGAAGCGCUACGUCCAGAGUGUGAUUGAGCGGGUUAAAGCUGAGACUGUGGAUGAUGCAACGACUCACCGUUCUGUGGCUUCAAUUACACCAAUCACCUCACCGUUGUAUCAUCCUCCCACGGCUUCUCCCCCUACUCCUCCUCUUCCUCCUCCUCCUACUCCUACUUCCCUUUCUCAGGCCUCCAGAAAGGGUGUCUCGUCGGCAACCAGUAGACGAACUUCGGGAGCCACACCGCCGGGUUUGAUGUCGUCUGCCUCCUCUCCGAACGCGCGUUCUACAACUGCAAAGAUGCUGUUUGAGUCGUCAGGGAUCGGCCUUCUGAGCAUUCCAGGAGUCAACGCGUGUGCACCUCUCAGUGAUCCUCCUUCAGCCUCACCCAGGAAACUAAUUCCCGAAGUGAUUGUUGAACCGAAAACUCUUCGUUCGACUUCUCGUCGGCGUGCAAAGAUGGCGGCAGUAGCGGCGGCUUCCGGACCUCCAGUGCCAACACCAGGCAUAACAUCCACAUUUGCUAUGGAUCUUGCUACUGCUGUGCCCAAGCAGCCAACAGAUCCCUAUGAACCUAAUUUUGACGAGGAUUCACCUCCUCUUGCUAAACUGACGGUAAAUGCCACCUCACCGUUGGUUGUAAACACAUCUCUUGCUUCAGAACAUCCUGGCACGGCGUCUGCUGUGUCUAGUGUAACCACAACGGAGGAAGCCGUCUCGACUAACGAUACCUUGAAAAGCAAUACCAUUCGACGAAGUGCAUUAGACACCGUGGAUGAGAUUAUCGCAGAUGUCUGCUGUGGUCGAUUUGACAUGAAAAGCUACCUCGACAGUUGGGGCCUUCAACCACCCCCUCCGUGUUCACGUAGUGGGCUCUCCAGUGUUACCACGGCAGCAUCAUUACCGGUGACGACGGCGGCAGCAGCAACGACGACGGUGAAGACGACGGACACCAAGCCACCGGUCGUCUCUGCUCCCACUAACAACCCUAUCUUUACGGCUAUAAUUAACGCUUUACAGUCCAUCACUGGUAGCUCGGUGGUGAUUGGAGGUAGUACAAAUAAUGGUAGCAGUGGACUGAGACAAGGUAACCCUGGCACUGGUCAACAACUUCCACAGAAGACGUCCACCGUUGUUGUCGGUUCGAGUCCUCCCACCAUUUCUGCCACCACCAUCACGUUUCCGGUUUUUUUUAAGAAUGUCUUCUCGGCUGCCAACAAUUCCAUGAAAAAUGCAUCUGGUGUGGCAGCAGCGAGCUCGUGUUCUAUUAAGACCACUGUGGCCAAUUCACAUCCUGUCACAAUGACUACAGCCUCGUCGAACGUAUCUCAACAGCAGCUGCUUCACCAGCAAGACGCUUCGACCGUAGCUGUGCCUCGUCCUCAGUCUUCAACGACGGAUAAUAUCAUUGAGAACCCCCAUCCCUACCGCGUUCAACGCGGCACUGACAAUAAUGGGCCCGUUCCUGGUCUUAUUGAUGACUCUAUUCCUCCUUCUGGUCUGACUGGACAACCUCAACAGCGUCAGAUUUUCAAUCCUCGCAGUUUCACUAGUCCCCCACCUAGGUAUCCUCCUUUCUCGUCGCCACGGCACGUACCUCCUGCACCUCAGCCGCCACCGCCUCCGCCACACCUUUCCCACACUCCGACGCCAUGGUCUGCGAGCUCGAUGUCAGCCUAUCCGCGUCCAACGCCCCAGGAGUCAUCACCAGUGGCGCCGACUCAAUCUACUAAUACUUUUUCCCCCGCAGCGGUGCUAGAAAAGCUUUCCUGCUUUAUUGAUCCGGAUCUGGUGCUCCCAAUGCUUCAAGCAGCGCUACAGGAAGGCCAACAUUUGGAUCCAGAUUUACUUGCUUCGUUGGCAAAAAUGUUUCAGCAGUAUAGCGCUGGCGGCGGGGAUGGUGGGGGUAUUCCACCUCCUCCAAAUACUGCGAACUCGACACCAAGUCCAUCUCAAACAUCCGCUGGGGGUGGCGGCGGUGGGGGCAGUGGACAAUAUCACCAUCUUCCUAGAGCUGGAGGCGCAUCCACUCCUCCUGUUUCGAGAACCGGCAGUUUUGAUCAGGUUCGUUUGGUAUAA